UCCUUCCUUAUCGCUCACUUCUAGGCAGUCACUGUGACAGUAGCCUCCCAGCUGGUUCUCCUUCCGUCAGCCUUGUUUCCUGCCCAGCCGGUCUCCGCACUGCCAGGCCGGUAAAGCUCAAACCUGACCAGGGCACUCAUGAUUUAAAACCUUUCAAUGGCUCCUAUUUUUCCUCAGAUUACUGAUGAGCCGGCCAUAUGAAAUUAAUGGCUGGGACACUGCUGACUUCUAGAAACUGCUGCACCUGAAGGAUUGUGAACAUCUGCCGGCAAAGGCUAUGGUGUGAACACAUGAACAGAAGAAGAAAGUUCCUUCUUGCCUCGGUUCUUGCUGUCCAGAAUUCAAGUUUUAUAUAUCCUUCAUGUCAAAAUUGCUUCUCUCGGAUAAUCUUAGUCUCCAAAAGGUCUAAUUGUCCAAAAUGUGGUUCUACUGGUGAAGCUGAAAAUGCCAGUUACAGAUACAGACUUUCCGUAAAAGUUGCAGAAUCAAACAAAUUAUUUGGCAUUACUGUUUUUGGAAGCUGCCUGGAUGCAUUUUUUGGUCUUACAGCCACUGAUUUACAUAGAUACAUUCAAGAUCCUAAUGAAAUUCCGGGAAUACUGAAUAGUGAUGCAACUCAGAACCUGUUAACUAAAGCAGUUGAAACUUGCUUUGUUGGACAGAGCUUUAUUUUUGGAGUGACGAAUUUUGAAAACCAACAUGAUCAAGGUUCAGAUUCCAGUAACUUCUUAGAACAGUGCCCUGGCCGCAGGAGAGAAGUUAAAGAGCUAGUAGCUUGCCAGGUUGUCCUACCAGACCCAGGUGUAGCGGGCUUCACUGUCAUCAACUAUUUCCAGCAGCUUCUGCGGCUUUCCAAUUUCAGGAAACUUCAUGGUGGCUCCCAGACACCUAAUAGCCACUUACUCGCUUUAGAACACUCAAGUAGUGAUCUCAGCAGCAUAUGUGGCCUUGACAGCAGUUCUUGUUUUUUUGAGUCCCAUGGCAGAGAUAAUCUUUUAAUAUUCUGGCAGUCAUCACUUGAACUCACUUCCAUUGUUUCACAACUAACAGAUGAUGACAAAUUUUCAGCUUCAGAACAAAGCAAGGCCACUGAUACUCCUCACCAGAACAGAAAGUGCAUUUCCUUGGCAGAGGCCACUGGUUCUGGUGGUUGCCAUGAUGCCAUUCAGUGUUCGUGGAGCCUUGUUUCAUAUAUGGAUAAAAAGAGCACAGCACAAAAGUUGGAUGAAGAACUUGGCUUACAAGCUAAUCAGCCAAGUGCAGUUCACAGCAGUCAUGAAAUUAGAGUUACUGGUUCUAAUUUAUUCCCCUUGAAAAUGCAAGAGCCCCGUGAACCAAGUAAUGCAAAAUCCUUCCAUAGUGCAGUGGAUAUUAAAAAGAGCUAUUCCCAGCGUGAGCUAACAUGUCACCAGCAUCAUGAUGUCAGUACUCCCCCGAGCCUUCAGGAAAGAUCUAUGUGUUGUCCACCUACAUCACUCAGACUUGAAGAGAUAGCUGGUGAUUCCCAGGAUUAUGACCCCAAGAUUUGGGAUGAUCUGCCACUCUCUGAAAGCUUAAACAAGUUUCUGGCAGUUAUCGAAAGUGAAAUUGCUAUAACCCCGACAGAUGCCAGCAGUAGGAAGCGUCAUCUAGAUAAUGGCAUCGAAAAAUUACAUGCAGACCACAGCAGUUUAUCUGUGACUCCCCAGGGAACUGCUGGAGCCUCGUGUACACCACCUAUAGCUUUAAGAUCAUCAGAAGCAACAGUCAAAGCAAACUCUGGCAAAGGUAACCUCCUUUCCACCUGUGGAGCAAAUCCAGCUCCUAGUGUUCAGGAGGAGUCACAACCAGAUAACACAGCUGAGGCUGUCUCUAGAAGUAGAAAUGGAACAGAUAUUUCUGAAUGUUUUCUACCAAACGCUUCUCUGUCAACUCUGUGUCCAUCUUCAAAAGAUUUAGGAACAUCUACUCUUAGAAAGUCUACCGGAAUUUCACCACGUGGGGCUGCGAUUUCACAUACACACAGUACUUCAGAGAGUGACCAUUCUUGUCUCGAUAUCAAAUAUUUUAAUGGAUGUGAAGGAAAAUCACCUUUGGAAAUGAGUGAAAAGUUGACAACUUUGUUUUCCAGGAGGUAUAAUGAUGUUUCUGACCUUUGCAACUUAGAAAAUAAACAAUAUAGUAGGUGGCCAAAGAACCAAGGUGACAGUCUUACAAUUUGCAGGAAACUUACAUAUUCCUUAGAAGCUCUUUGCAGUACUCCAAAUAGAAGUACAAAUACAUUGAAAGAAAUGCCUUAUGGACAUAUCAAUAAUAAUUUAACAGAGAACUAUUUUCCUGGUCAUGAAGGUAGCUACAAUGCUUCUGCUGAUCUCUUUGAUGAUAGUGCUAAAGAAAUGGACAUGGCAACCGAAACCACCAAAAAAUCACAGGAUCUUUUGUUACAAUGGGGAAAGUCUUUGGCAGAAAGUCAUCAUCUAGAAUCUGAUUUUUCACUGAGAUUACUUUCAGAAAACUCCAGCCAAUCAUCACAAAAAUUAUCCUUGCAAAACAUAUCUGCCUCCAUGUAUCCAGAAACAUGCUCUUCACCACAUUUUCCAUUAGAUCCAGAAAGUGAUGUCGAAGAUAGCCAAGACUUUGUUCCAUGUUCACAGUCAACUCCUGUUGCAGGAUUCCACCAAACAAGAAUUCAUGGGAUGACAGGAGCUUUCAAGAAACUACCUGCCUUUUAUUCAGAUCUUGAUACUAACUAUAAAAAAACAAGCAUUUUCUCUGAAAAUGAGGCACAUCAAGCCUCUCCCAGCUGUCCAAAAAAUAUAAAAACACCUAGCCAGAAAUCCAGAAGCCCUGUUAUACCUGAUAUUAUACAACCAGAGGUUUUCAGCCUCUGUCCUGUUGCUGAAUGCCUUGAAUCUGACAUUGAUGAAUGGGUCCCUCCUACCACAAAAAAAGCAUUUCUUUCAGAUAUGCUUGGAUUCCAUGCCACGGGUCUAAGAAAAUGCCUUGCUGCCUGUAAUUCUCCUGAUCAGAACCCAUUACUGAGAAAGAAACUGAAACAUGUCAAACAAAGAACCAAUAAACGUUUAAUUAAAAAGGAGUUAAAUUUAAAGAAUACACUUACAGCAGUAGUUACAAACCAGAAAACCCCUAACUGUAGUAGUACACACUCAGGCUGGAUUUCCAAAGAAUCAGUUUUGGGACUUGGUUCUUGUUCAGAAGUCAGAUGCUGCCCUUCAUUUUCAGAAAACUGGCCACCUUCAGUGCCUGAAACUAAAAGCGCCUGGUCGCCUGAAUUGUUUUCAUAAAAAGUCACCUGAACCCAGUGGCUGAAUGUUUAAAGGGGAGUCUAUUUGGAAACGUUCGCCUCCAUUGGUAUGGAAAGCAUUAUUACCGUUUUGAACACUUGAAGAGACACAAAGAGAAAAGAGGUGCUAUUGCACCUUUUAAAAUGGGAAAGCAAUUGUUUUUCUGUGCUUUAUCCAGAAUGCUCUGAUUCAGAUAAUUUGGCACUUUAUAUUUUUGAUUGUACUUUGGUAGUAUUGUUGGUUUUGCUUGUUAAGAUUAUUUGUUGAACUCACAUGUAUGUUCAGAAAUAAAACCUUUGCAAAGCAAAGCUUGAAAUCUUCAUUAAUUGUUCAGCUCAGAAAAUGCCUGUUGUGUAUUAGGCCAACUACUGUGUUGAGUUUGUGAUACCAAGCUACAAGAUCACUGAUCACUGAACAAAGAUUUUGUUUUACUGGGUAAGACAGGCAUAUUACGGACAGUUUCACUGCAAUGCAUCAAAUGCAAUGAAAGGUUUCUAAUGAGUAUUACAUUUAUGUUGCUAUGUGAUCAGGGUAGAGAAGCAGUUAACCCAGCAGAAUCUGGGCUGAGGAUAAGACAAAAGGUCAAUGAAAACUGACUAUUUAGAGCUAAAUGUGAAACUGACUAUUUUAUUUAAUAAAUAUUCAUUAUAUGCUUUCUACAUUUAGGCACUAGGAACACAAAGAUGAAAGCCAAGGCCCUUCCCUCAAAUUCAUGGUCUAGUAGAGUAAACAAACAGUAUCCGAUAAGUUCUGUGCUUGGAGAUAAACUUGAAGUGCUAAUAGCAAAAAUCAGGAGAGUUUCUAGACACUCAAGUUCUUAGCUGCACCUGAGCUAAACCUUUUAGCUGUGAAACCUUUACUAUCUCUGUUAACCUCCUGUAAUAAAAUGUGUGGACCCAAGCAAGGUAAACUAGUUUGUCAAUGAAGAUACAGAAUAACAGAAAAGGUGCAUGUU